UCAGCUUCACUUCUGGCUUCAUGGACCAGCCAACCGUCCAGAGUUUCGUGAAGCCUCGGGUGAUGGGCUUUGUCCUGACCAUCUCUGCUCUCCUCAUUGUCUCCACCAAUCUGCUGGUGGGCACUGCUCUGCUGAAGCUGCUCCUGAAGCGAGGAUGUCAGAGCUGGUGUUUUGUCCUGAACUUGGCUCUGGCUGACACUCUGGUGGGCGUAGCCAUCACUGGACUGGCCACAGAAGACUUUAACAACAAAUUUAUUCAGCAGCGCAAUGGUUAUAUUGUGAUUUAUCCUCCCACAAACGGGACACCUCCUGCUCUACAGGGCAAGACCCGAUGUUUGCUGCGAAUGUCCUUUCUGACGUCCCCCUGCAUGGCGUCCAUCUUGACUAUGUUCCUGAUUUCACUGGACCGCUAUAUGGCCAUCAAGAUGCCCCUGCGUUACUCUCUGAUGUCUGGGAAAUGGAAGACAACCGGGUCUUUACUGGCUGUGUGGAUCAGUUCCUUCACAAUGGGAUUUUUACCAGUGAUGGUACCCCAGCUGCAGGCGACGGCACCCUAUGACGGUUUCUGUGCUUUCUUUAACGUCACCCACGACAUCGCCAUCAUCGUUCUGUACUGCCUGCUCUUCUUCCCCGUCCUCUCCCUGUUCAUCUACAUGUACCUGGACAUCCUGAAGAUCGCCUGCAUCCACCACAAGCAGAUCUCCCAAAUCAGGCAAACUAGCUCGAGAGCUGAGGAAAGCAGUCACGGACAGUCCCAGUACCACCAUCAUCACCAGCAUCAACUGCUGCGGAGCUGGAGUCAUGUCAAGGCCUUGAGGACGGUGGGGGUGCUCAUCGGCUGCUUCUUGGUGCUUUGGAGUCCUUUCUUUGUGGUGUGCAUUGUGCACCUUCUAUGUAGGGAGUGUGCCCUUAAGGAGGUGCUGGAGAACUACCUGUGGCUCCUGGGGCUCUUCAACUCUCUGAUAAACCCUCUGGUCUAUGCCUGCUGGCAGAGAGAGGUGCGGCUGCAGCUGUCAGACAUGUUUUCCUGCAUCACAAACAGGUUGCUGUCUGCUGCGCCGCCGAGUGUUAUGGAAAGAUGCCACUCAUCGCCGCCUGCGCAGCCUCAUGCUUGUGUUUCUGAAGGAGAUACGCCCAGUCCUUCCAUUAUGCUACCAAUCAGCAGCUUGGACGCCAAUGCUGUUCACCUGUCUGACACAACCAGUUUGUGAUGGAGAGAGGGAAACACUACAGAUAUUUAAAACGCACUAAUUAAGUGACCAACUCUUUGGUUAGUAUUCCAAUGGAGCUUCUCGACGAGAAAGUGAAAAAUAGAUCUGAUUAGCUGUUGUGUGUAACCUGUACAUGUGUGUUUUCUCUAACAGACAUCAGCAGGUGUCACAGUUUUAAUGAACCUCAGGUUGGCAAGCGGACAUUUUUAAGGCAGAAGCACAAGCAGUGAAACUGGAAGACAUGGAUCUGAUUUUGGGCUGAACAGGAAAACCCUAACAUGAUCACCUCAACGGUUUGUCUGGAUGUUCAAGGGCCAAAGGAAAUUAUUAUACACCACCAUUCCUUUAGGAUUAGUGGUAUAUAUGUGGUAGAUGUGCUAAAAUGUUUUUAUUGGGACAGUGGCAGCUGCUUUUUAAAUAAAUUAAAAUUGUCUCAAAGUAUGUUUGAUAAUUUGUGCAAACAGAACAGUGUGCAAAAUGCUCUAUUUAGUGUCAAGCUGACAAUUC